ACUUCCGGUUCAUAGACCUUUCAGCAAAAAAUCUGUUUACAACGAAGAAACUCAUAGAACUGUUGAAAUUUUACAAAAUCGAGUCUUUACUACUAAAAAAAGAGAUAAUUGUAAACUAAGGAAUUAAGAUAUUUACAUUAAGAGUUUGAUAAAACUUAAAAGAUACUAGAGAAUAUGAUCACAUUGUCAAAAAAAUUAAAACAACAGAGUUCCACAGGAAAGAAAGAAAAUGAAGAAAAUAAAAGAAUAUCUAUCAGAGACAAACUGUUAGUGAAAGAGGUUCAAGAAAUGGAGGAACAUUUACCUAAGACAUGUAAAGUAAACUUUGAAGAUCCCAAUACUCUUCAUAAGUUUUCUUUAAUAAUCACACCUGAAGAUGGAUUCUGGCAUGGAGGAAAAUUUAAAUUUACGAUAAAUAUACCUGACGAAUAUAAUAUAUUGCCUCCUGUUGUGACAUGCCAAACCAGAAUAUGGCAUCCAAAUAUUGAUGAAGAAGGAGAGGUCUGUCUUAGUUUAUUACGCCAAAGUUCUUAUGACAGUUUAGGUUGGGCUCCUACAAGAAGAUUAAAAGAUGUGAUAUGGGGGUUAAAUUCUUUGUUUGCUGAUUUAUUAAAUUUUGAUGAUCCAUUAAAUGUAGAUGCAGCAGAUCAUUAUAGCAGGAAUAAGGAAUCAUUCAAAACCAAAGUGAAGGAAUACAUAACUAUGUAUGCCACUAGAUAGUGAUUCAUAAAACCUCCUGUUAUUGCCAUGUGUUCAUUUAUCAAGACUUCAUUUUACAUCAUGCCCCUUCUUAAGUAAAGGGAGAUAAUUUGAUAUUCAGGUGAUUUGAUACCUUAUAAAGGUGUGCUGAAUAUUUGAGAAUGAGGCGAGCUGUAAGAAAAGAGGAUGUUCUCUCAUCAGUUGACAUGGAAUUUGUGAUAAUUUGUGAAAAUGAUUUGCUGUGAACCAGAACAUUAGAGAUUGCUACAUGUAUGAUAAUGUUUGUAGUUUGACUGCUUUAUAUAUACCAUUUUAUCCUGCCAGCUCAGUGAUCAUUGAUUUUUUUUUAUUUAUUGCAUAAUUCAUGAAAUAAAGAAUACAGUAUUUAUAAAGAUAGUAGAAAAUUCACUGUUUGAAAAAAAAAUCCUGUAAAACUUAGUUAUUUAUUGGACUACUGGAAAUUAAGAAAUUGUUGUAUUUCACGUUUAACAGACAACAAUUUGAGAUUACUAUGGUCUCACUAUUAAUUUUAGAAAACAGAUUUUUUGCUCCACAUAUAUAAAUGUUCAAUGAAGUUUACAUUUUCUAUAGGCUAGCAGUUGUGUAUGCCUGCAAAAUCCAGCUAAUCAAAUAUUAACUAAAUACAUUUUUUCCACCAUUCAAAAAAAAUACAAAAAUAAUUCAAUUCACAGUAUUAAAUGUGAUAUCAAUUUAAUUCAACAACAACAUAAAUAAUUCAAUCAGAUGUUAUAUUGCAUAUUUGAAUUGCAAAACAAUUUCAUUUUUCAGUGAUACAAAAUUGUCUAAAAAAGAUAGUUAGUUUGGGAAAAUGUAAUUAAAAGAUUACACUGAUCAGUCGAAAAAUCUUCCAGUGUUGUGUCAGACUCCUAACAUAUUAUUUGUUCAUUAAUUAAAUAUUUGAAAAUGAAUUAAUUACUAUUUGAAUGUAAAUCUGUUUUGUUGGCUACUUAAUUUUAUGAUUAUCUAAACUACUGAAAAUAUUCAAACAAUUUUUAGGUAAGAGUAAAACUACUUUCACUGAAUGAUAGUUCUGUUUAUUUACUCAGGGUUAUGGUUAGAUGGUAUCAGUUUGUGUAGUUGUACAAUGAAAUACAGAUUGCGUGCACGGGAAUUGUUAAAUUAUUUUUAUUUGAUUUUUUUUUAUUAUGAUCAUGACAUGAUGUCUUUAACUGCUUUUUUUUAUGUAAUUUGUUUUGCUCUUGGUUAAGGCUACAAUAACUGACUGUGCAGUCCUUCAGAUUUUAAAAAAAAAUCAAAAACAAAAGUUAGGUUAAAGUAGGCACACUUGUCCACCUAGAGUAAAAAUAAGAGAAUAUUUCUAGAUUUUCAAUACAGUUUUUUUUGUCAUGAUAUAAGUGUCAGUGCUAAUAUAUCUAACCCUUGUCCAUACAAAUGUGAUUAUAACAACUUGUUGUUGAAGCGUAUUUAUUUAUCCAAAUGUUAUAGUGUUGUAACAUUAACAGUUAUACCCAUCACCCUGUUUGUACAGAAUUGAUCAGUAACAUUUUAAAUUUCUUGUCCUAAAUUGAGUGUUUUGGGGACUUUUUCAGGUUUUAUUUGUAUUUCAGAAUUCUUUGAUACACAAAUAACACAUUUCGUUUUGCAUUUUCUAUAUAUCAUAUAGUAAAGCACCUUUCCAUUAUAAUCUUUACUUGACUCAUAGAUACCUUUGGUUUAUAUACAAUGUUUGCUUCAUCUAAAUUUAUUGUUUCAUCAAACUUAAAUUUUUCUGAUAUAACACUGAAAAUUUACAAUUUUAACCCUGAAAAAAACUACAUGUACUAUGGUACAUGUGGUACUUCUAUACAUGUGAUAAAAAGUCUGACAGACAUACACAUUUUAACUAUAAAAGUAGUCCUUAGAAUAUUUUUUUUUUUGUAAAGCCCAUUGUGUAUGUGAGUGACAUUUAAAUGCUGCGUUCACUCUUUUUGUACAAUUCUUCAAUCCUUGGGUCAACAUGAUCUUCCUAUAGCUAUUAUGUAUGAUUGAACACUUUUGCUUUGUUUCACAUUAUUAAGGUCUUUUUGAUAGACUGGAAAAAGUGAUGAUAUAUGAUUUUGUAGUUUAUGAUUGUAAUUUAUUGCUGUACACAGGGUUCUUUUUUCUAUCAUGACCUCCUUUUAUAUUUGUUUUAAUGAUUUUCGUUCAAUUUUGCAUUGAAAUCUAUAUCUCCUCAAAAAUCGGUUGUAAUACUGAUGAUUCACAGUUAUAAAUCAUUUUGCAAUGUGCUUCACAUUUUUUUGUGUUUAAGAAUAUUUAAGAAUUCUGUGUAGAUUAUCCUUUGUUAAUUAAAAUAUAAUUGACUACAUUUGUAAAUUAUAAUUGCAUAAUGUCUGUUAAGAUAAAACUUUACUGUACAUUUAGAAAUUUUUGCAUGGAUUUAUUGUUGAUUGUUGAACAAUAGGUACAAAUCUGAGAUAAAUUUGUCUAAUUGUUGAUAGUUGAAUUAUAAGCAGACAGAAUGCAACAAAUCCAAGAACAAUUUGUCUGAUUUUAGGAACUCUGCAUACAAAUAGGGCAAUCAAAAUGGGAUUUGUAUGGCCUUGCUGGUUUAAGUUUGACAAUAUAGUUUUACCAUUGUCCUUCAUUUCACCAUUCUGUCAUUCUGCAAGUAACAAGAUUUUGAGUCAAUUUUUGGUAAGCAACUCUACAAUGAUGAGUUACUGAUUGAGUUUACAUUAAGUUCCACUCCGUUGAUUCAUGUCGAUAUUUAGGACUUUGGACAGUGAAACAGACUUUUUAUUAACAUUUAGCUGAUUUUUAGUAUGUGCGUCUACUAUAAUGAGCUAUAAAUAGAGUUCACAUUUGGUUGUGCUGCCCUGAUUUUUGCCAAAAUUUGCACAAUUUACAUAAUUUACACUCCUUAAAAUGGCUUCAAGCUGUUUUUGCAAGUAGGGACAUUCAUGUAGUUUCAACACAUCUAGUUUCUAUUUCUACUCACAUCCUGUAGUUUUUUUUGUAAUAUAUAAAAAUAUUGCAAACAUUUCUGAAUUUACAGUAUCUUAAAUUCAUAGAAAACUAUACAUGUCAUAAUUGCAAAAUGUAAUGAAAUAAAUGAAUUUAUAAAAAAUAUUAUAUCCUUUAUUCCUAUUGCUUCCAUUAAAUAUGGUUAUUGUUUGUUUGUACA